AUGUUGCUUCAGUCUACCGCGCUCGCGAUUAGCUCUUCCGCUACUGCCUGCUUUGCUAUCUCCUGGAGAGCUGGAUUGAGUGCUGCUCUGAUGCUAGUUGUUCUCCUUGCCCAGGCCUACGAAAUUCUUCUCUCUGAUAACUCGAGGAAUAUCUUGUUUGUAUUGACUGGAAUGGAGGCUAUACUCGGAACGAUAGCGGGCGCUCUCUAUUUUAUGAUACCACGCCGUCCGGAUGUGCUCUACAAAGGAACCAUUGUCGACCGACAAUACACUACCUCCCUUCUGGGAUGGGUCAGCUUUUCGUGGGCGGAGACAGUCUUACGAAUGGCAGAGCGCUCACCGUCAUUGAACGUCGAGAACCUACCAGAACUUGAUCACUGCACACGAGGAGAGACGACAUACACUGCGUGGAAAUCUAAUCUGCGACGACGCAAACAGAAUCAAGCUAGACACCUAUGGUGGGCAAUUUUAUGCUCUCACAAAGCCUCGAUAUGCGGUCAAGUGGUCAUCACCUGUCUCCAGUCGAUCCUCACGUUCGUGCCACAAUUGGCAAUGUUGCGCAUUCUUAUCAUUCUGGAAGGACAGAGUGGCAAAAAUGGCAGAGAAUCGCUCUUGGUUCCAGCCAUGGGUCUGGGGCUGUCUGUCAUGGCGUCUGCCACUCUGGAAACAUUCAAAUACUGGAUCUCGUACAAUAAACUGGUGAUCCGGGUGCGACAGCAGCUUUCACUCAGUAUAUUCGACAAGGCCAUUAGACUGAGUUGUUCCUCGGAUCCCAGUCUGUCGAAGACAACCAAACCUGUUGAAGAGACUUACAGUCCGGUUAAUCUGGUCGCUGUUGAUGUGCAGAAUGUUGUUGACUUUCUUUGCUUCUCAUUUUUACUUUAUGAGUCCCCACUAAAGCUUGGAUUAGCUUUCACAUUUCUGAUCCGACUCCUGGGAUGGCAAAGCGUGCUCGUUGGAAUUGGCGUGUUGUUGCUUCUCACACUUGUCAACAUCCUGGCCGGUAGAAAAUAUGCGCGCCUCCAGGGCAUGCUAAUGCGAUUUCGCGAUCGCCGAGUCCGGGCCAUAAGUGAGAUGCUCCAAGGAAUACAUCAGAUCAAAUUCUCGGCUCAUGAAAGCCGCUGGCAGGUUAAGAUUAACCAGCUGCGGGAUACGGAGAUGCGUGCCCAGCGGAUUGUCUGUCUCUGGCAGAUCGUUUUCGUUUCAAUGUCAUUGAUUAGCCCAAUCAUGUUAUCUGCAACCUGUCUGUCCGUUUUUGUUCUGCUUUCUGGUCAUCUCUCCGCCGCCACGGCCUUCACGUCCGUCUCCGUUCUGGCCUCUAUCGAGGUCGCCAUGACGAUCCUGCCUGAUGUUCUCUCACUCCUGCUCAACGCUCGGGUGAGUAUGCAGAGAAUCCAAACAUACCUGGCUCAGUGGGAACGUGAAAACAAAAAUAUACCAGCCAAAGAGAUUAGCUUGAACAAUGUUACUGUCGCCUGGCCCGGAUGUGGCGAAGGGCGUGGAACACUGAGGGGGCUCAACUUGCGUUUCCCCAAGGGUGCUUUGAGCAUUGUGACCGGACCAACCGGCUCUGGAAAAAGCCUUCUAUUGGCAGCCAUUCUGGGAGAGGCUGAUGUGCUAGAAGGUCGAAUUGCUGCUCCUCGAGCGGUUGCUUUCGAGGAGCUAUCGCAAUAUCCGGAUCCGGAACAGUGGUUAACGGACUCGGCCCUUGCAUUCGUGUCUCAAACCCCAUGGCUCCAAAAUACCUCGGUGAAAGACAACAUCCUGUUUGGGCUACCAUUCGACGAGGCAAGGUAUGCGAGCGUGAUAUUUGCAUGUGCGCUGCAUGAGGACUUCGCCAGUCUGCCCCAGGGCGAUAAGUCUGAAAUCAAUAGCAAAGGCUCUAAUCUUAGUGGCGGGCAGAAAUGGCGAGUCUCUCUUGCCAGAGCUCUCUAUUCCCGCGCACGUACACUGCUCAUGGAUGACAUCUUCAGUGCUUUGGAUGUUCAUACUAGGGAGCAUGUCUACCGUCAUGCUUUGUGCGGCACACUGUUACAUGAACGAACCUGCAUCUUGGUUACUCACCAUCUUGACCUUUGCCAACCACGCGCGCAAUACGUUGUUCAUCUCGAGAAAGGGGGCUUGAAGUCGGCGACUACCACUUCGCAGGACUUACGCGCAGCUAAAGACAUUCCAAUGGAGUGCGAUGGAGAUCCGCAGCCAGACAAGACUCAUACGGGUUUUCUACAAUACAAGUGGAGGUCUAGCGACCUAUCCGCAGGCAGACCAUCAUCGAUUAAGUCUAGUAGUGCGAGAAAGGAAAAAGAGGGAAACAGAUCAUUUGCUCCUUCACGAGGUACAGUGUCCAUAUUCCUCGAGGAGGGAGCCAAUCCAAUCCAGUGGUUCUUCUUGGGAGUCGCAUUUCUGUCAUAUGGAGGUUUCAUGCUUUCCAGGGCAUGGUGGAUUCACCUCUGGACCGAUUACUACAAAGAAGUCGCUGAUACGAAUAACUUUGGCUCUGAUCACCAGUACCCUAUUUAUUACUGGCUCGGUAUCUAUCUUGGCCUGUCUGCAUUGGCGUGCAUUGUUGGCACAUGCCGGACGUAUCUGUCCUUGUCAGCUGCACUGAGGGCAUCUCAAAGCCUAUUUCGAAAAAUGCUCUCCGCGACGCUCCAAGCGCCACUUCAAUGGCAUGAGCAAGUACCCCUGGGUGACAUCAUAAGCCGGUUUACCGCGGAUAUCAGCGUCCUCGACAUGCGAGUUGGAGACGACCUUCGCGCCACGCUCGAGUACACAAUGGAUGUGGUCCUGGCCAUUGUUGCAGGAGCCAUCGUCAAUCCAUUCCUGCUUGUCAUCUCUUCCUUGCUUCUAGCCCUCUACUUCUGGUGCGCUCGACGCUUCGUUGCCGCGUCCCGGAAGCUCAAGGUUCUUGAAAAUGCCUCCAAGGCACCCCCUCUGGAAUAUAUAGACAACACAUUCAAUGGCCUUUCGACGGUCCGUGCCUUCGGGCAGGAGAACAUUGCUAUGCAGGAGUUCUGCACCAAAGUCGGCCACCACGCAAGAGCAUACUGGCACCUUUGGCUGCUGAACCGCUGGCUGGGCUUCCGGGUUAAUGUCCUCGGAGCGACUUUCUCAGCUCUUUCCGCGGCGAUGGUCGUGUGUACGCCUGGAGUCAGUCCCUCGACGGCUGGAUUUGCCAUUACAUUUACGAUCGAAGUUUCUCUUACAAUGGCGCUUAGUAUUCGUCGCUAUGUCAAUUUAGAACAGGGGUUGAACAGUGUCGCGCGUAUUCACUCGUACGCGACUGUACAGAGAGAGGAUAACCCCGACCCUACCGUUCAUUCGGAUUCUUUGGAAUCAUGGCCACAACGAGGAAUGCUCGAGGUAUCUGAUGUAUAUGUGAGACAUGCUCCCCAUCUCCCCCCUGUGCUCCACAAGGUUAGCUUCACAGCAAACCCAGGCUCCCGGGUCGGUGUCAUUGGACGCACGGGGGCUGGAAAAUCAUCCCUUGUCCUAGCCCUGUUUCGCUUCAUCAAGGCCACACAUGGUAAGAUCGUGGUCGACGGCGUCGAUAUCUCCCAGAUACCGCUACAUACUCUCCGCAGCCGACUAGCCAUUAUCCCGCAGCAUCCUGUGCUCUUUCGCGGCACUGUUCGCAGUAACCUGGAUCCGUUUCAUGAGUACGAAAAUCAGACGCUUCUAGGCGCUUUACAGGCUGUUGGGUGGCAGGAAGUGGAUUCUUGCGUCUUACAUCCCUCUGAAGACGCUUCUGCUACACCGGAAUCCUCGUCCCAAUUGUCAAAUAGCACCGAAACCCACUCGGCAUCUGAAGACAGCUCAUCCGAUGUGGAGGAAGACACUCCUCUAUUGGAAGAGACGCCUAACAACAAAAUCCUAUCUCAAGCUGUCAUUGACUGCGGCGAGAACCUCUCUCAUGGCCAACGACAGCUCCUCUGCCUCGCGCGCGCUAUCGUCCGUCAGCCCAAGAUCAUGAUUCUGGACGAAGCAACUGCAUCGGUGGAUAAGGCGACAGACCAUCUUAUUCAGCGUAGUUUGCGCUCUGCCCUGGGUAAUGGUCAGACGACGCUGUUAGUCAUUGCACAUCGGCUGAAGACAGUGGCGGACGCGGAUAAGGUGCUUGUGUUGGAUAACGGGAGGAUUGUUGAGUCUGGUAGUCCAUCGGAGCUUCUCGCGCGUGAGAAUGGGUAUUUUAGAGGUAUGGUCGAGCAAGAUCCGGAAAGGGAGGUUCUUGAGGAAUUGAUUUUGGGUGAGGUGUCUCGGAAUGGGUAACUUGCUACUCAUGUAGGGGGAUCGGAGGCGUCAUAAACAAGUCUUUUUACAUUACAGUGCUUAAUACAUCC